AUGUCCUGUUUGAUGAUUGUCAGGGUUUACCUGCUGUUAGUAUGUUUGGUGACGUGGAGGCUGCUGGGGAGCAAGAAGAGCAGACCAGUCUCAGGGCAGGCAGAAGAAUUGCAGCUGUUGGAUGUGGCGUUUGAGAAAAGCCCUGAUUUUUUGGGACUUGGUUUUGCUACCCAGGUGCUGUAUGAAUUGCCCAUGAACACACAGUGGUGCUUUGACAUCCAGUGGUGUCCCAGGAACCCCGCUGUCUUGUCUGCAGCUUCGUUUGAUGGGCGGAUCAGUGUUUACUCCAUCAUGGGAGGCAGCACGGAUGGCUUGAGACAGAAGCAAGUUGACCAGCUUUCAUCCUCUUUUGGGAACCUUGAUCCAUUUGGAAUGGGACAGCCUCUCCCACCUCUGCAGCUUCCCCAGCAGACUGCCCCACAGAGUGUUGUCUUGCCCCUAAAGAAACCACCCAAAUGGAUCCGGCGACCUGUGGGAGCAUCGUUCUCAUUUGGAGGCAAGCUGGUUACGUUUGAGAAUGCCAAGUCUCAACAGCAGCUAGGCAUUGAGCAGCAGCAGCAUCACCACGUCUAUGUGAGCCAGGUUGUUACAGAGAAGGAAUUCCUGGCCCGCUCGAACCAGCUGCAGGAUGCUGUGCAGUCUGAAGGCUUUGUCAGCUACUGCCAGAAGAAAAUCGACAUGGCCCAAGCUGACUUUGAGAAAAGCGUGUGGGCCUUCUUAAAGGUGAACUUUGAAGAAGAUUCACGUGUUAAAUACCUUGAGCUCUUGGGAUACAAGAAAGAUGAUCUGAGGAAGAAGAUUACAUCCGCUCUAAAUAAAGAGAGUCUUGCCGAUGGCGACUUGGGAGAGGCUCCUGCAGAAUCUGAUGAAUCUGUGCCAAAUGAUGGGGAUGAAGGCCAGGCUACAGAGGAGCGGUUCUUGGGAGAGAGGGUGAAGGACCAUAAACAAGAAACUGAAGAUUUGGGAUCUGCAAAGAAGAUGUUUAACAUCUCUGUUACUGGAGAUGUGGACGGUUUGAUUACCCAGGCUUUGCUGACUGGUAACUUUGAGAGUGCAGUAGAUCUCUGCUUGCACGAUAACCGCAUGGCUGAUGCCAUUAUCUUGGCCAUCGCAGGUGGACAAGAGCUGCUUUCUAGGACACAGGAAAAGUAUUUUGCGAAGAUGCAGAGCAAAAUUACUAGGCUCAUCACUGCGGUGGUAAUGAAGAACUGGAAGGAGAUUGUGCAAUCUUGUGAUCUGCAGAAUUGGAGAGAGGCUUUGGCUUCUGUGCUCACUUACGCCAGGCCAGAUGAGUUUGCAGCCCUUUGCGAUCUCCUGGGUAACAGACUGGAGACUGAAGGGGACAGUCUUCUGCAGACGCAGGCUUGUCUCUGUUACAUUUGUGCUGGCAACGUGGAAAAACUUGUUGCUUGUUGGACCAAAGCUCAGAAUGGAAACAGCCCCUUGUACCUUCAGGAUUUGAUAGAGAAGGUUGUGAUCCUGCGCAAAGCCGUGCAGCUCACCCAGGCUGUGGACCCUAAUGCUGUUGGGGCGCUUUUGGCUGAGAAGAUGAGCCAGUACGCGAACCUCCUGGCUGCCCAGGGCAGCAUUUCUGCGGCUUUGACCUUCCUCCCUGUGAACACCAACCAGCCAAACAUCAUGAUGUUACGGGACAGGCUUUCCAGAGCCCAAGGGGAGCUCCCAGGGGGGCAGGAGUCCCUCAAGGCACCAUAUGAGAGACAGCCCAUGCCCAAAGGACAAGCUGGCCCUGUGGCUGGACAGAUGCAAGGCCCCCAGGCUCCAGGCCAGCAGUUUUACCAACAGGGUGACAACCCACCUCCUCCAGGGUUUAUCAUGCCAGGUGCUGUUAACCCCAACAUGCCACCGCCGCAAGCCUCAUCUUCCAAUUACAGCAUGUACUCUCAAGCAGGGCCUCGGCCAACGUACCCACAGACAUAUCAGGCCACACAGCAGUACUCUUGUGGAACAGGGGGACCAGCUCUCUAUCAGCCUCAGCAGCCUAUUGCUGUCCUUGCUUCAGCCUCUUACCCAAACCCUGCCCCUAACACCACCUCUCCCUACCUACCCUCUGCCCCUGCCCACUCCAUGCCCUCCCCACUGUACCCCGGGCAGCCUCAACCCUCCCCAACAAGCCUGAAUCCCACCUCUUCCUUACCUCUUCCUCCUUCUGGCGCAUCCUUUCCGCAUGGCAGGCCAGGACUUCCAGCAACUUCCGUGGCUUAUGCAUUACCUACUGGACCAACAGGGCCUCAGAAUGGCUGGAACGACCCUCCUGCCCUGAACAGAGCUGCCAAGAAGAAGAAGGUCCCUGAUAACUUCCUGCCCCCAGUUCCCAUCACCUCCCCCAUCAUGAACCCACUGGCAGAUUCACAGUCUCAGAUGCAGCAGCCUUCAGCUCUGGCACCACCCACGGGGGCUCUGGCACCACCCACGGGCACACCCAGCUUCCCACCUUCUUACCUCCCCGCAGGCCAGCUGAUGCUGCAGGGUGGCUACCCCCCCACUCCCCAGCCCCUGGGGCCGUGCAUCAUGCCGACCACUGCCUCCAAACCCAGUACGGAGGGGGCCCCUGGGGCCCCAAUCGGCAAUGCCAUCCAGCAUGUGCAGGCACUGCCAACAGAAAAGAUUACCAAGAAGCCCAUCCCUGAGGAGCACGUUAUUCUGAAGACAACAUUUGAAGCUCUUAUCCAGAGGUGCCUGCUGUCUGCCUCUGAUCCGCAAACCAAGAGGAAACUAGAUGAUGCAAACAAACGUCUGGAGUUCCUAUAUGACAAACUUAGGGAACAGACACUCUCUCCAACCAUCAUUAGUGGUUUGCACAACAUUGUGAAGAGCAUCGAAACCCGCAACUACCAGGAAGGACUGAACAUCCACACGCACAUAGUCAGCACCAGCAACUUCAGUGAGACCUCUGCUUUCAUGCCUGUUCUGAAAGUUGUCCUCACGCAGGCCAAUAAGUUGGGUGUCUGAAGUAACCCUGCAUUUGCAAAACCUUGACAGUUGCUUUUCCAAAGAAGUGCAUUUCUACAGCAAACAUGCAGGAAAUGGACCAAGCGCUAGUCCUUACGGCAUGUCGCAGUAGAGCACUGACAAACGGCAUUACACUCUCCCUGCAAAAUACUUCACCCUAGGAAGGGCCCUGGAGCCCUGGUGCUUUUCUUUUUAUUUUAAUCAUUUUCCCAUCCCUAAUGAUUCUUGUCUACAAAUAGAAUAUUUAAUGAAUGAUGCCCUAUAUCGUCAAUUUUUAGAUGCAUGUUAUACUUCUAAACAGUGGCUUUUAAUAACAGAUAUACGUGAUAAAACAAGAUAGGUUGUGUAUCAGACUCUAAAACAGAUUAUUCCCUUCUGCUCUACUGUUCCUUGUCCACCAGAUUAAAGAGUCUGAUUGUAUUGUAUCUGGUCUCUCAUUUUAUGAAGCUGCUUGCAGUUCUUUUAUUACGAGUUACAUGUUAAAUAGCUUAAUUUUGCAGUGGGGCAAAUGAGCAAAAUAAAGGCUAAUGUGAUAUUUUCAA